UGUUUCCAGGCAUUAUCACUUGUCCCCCUGGGAAGGAGGACACUGGGAUAAUGUUUGGAAUGUGAAAGCAUUCCCUUCUGAUUGGUUUUAUUUUCUCCUCAAUGGGAGGGUUACCUGCUAAGAGCACAAAGGGAAAGGAGGAACUGGAGGUCUGAGGAGAAAAGAAACGUGCCAAGUAGUCACCUGGGGGAGCAUGAACCAUGAAAGUGUAGUUUCAGCCAUGGACGGCUACAGUGAGGGGCCUGUGAGACCCAAGCCAGGCAUGCUCAGGGUAGAGACUGUAAUGGCUGCCUUUAGCAUUUAUGCUGGGUGAGGACUUGGAUAGACUGGAGGGUGUAGAGCCCUCAUGGAUGGCAGAUGGGGGGAGCCUAGGGAACUGAGGAGUUUGGGCAGGAGAGGGUAUGAACUAGAAGGCUGUUCAGAGAUAAGGAGGGAGAUACUCAGGGCUCAGAUCAAGAAGUGGCUUUAGAGUGUAAAGUUUCAGAGUGAGGGGAAGAAACCAUGGCAGGCAGUGGGUGUGGGGAUGAGGACAGGGUCUUCAAAGGAACAUUGGGAAGGAAUGAAGUCAGGGUGUUAUAGAGAUCUCCUGCCUGUCCCUUUCAGAACACUGCCUGUCAUAGUCCUACAGGCAGUGGCUGGCCUCUUAAAGAUCUCACUCAGCCUCCUCAGACCUGUCCAGCCUCCUGGAGAAGAUGACCAGCUUCCUAAGGAGGGUGACCAAUGUGUCCCAAUUUGCUGAGAAGUUUCUGUUUUAGACUGGAAAGUCUCACAUCUUGGAUACCCCCUCAGUCUGGAGCAAACCUGGAUGGUUGGAAACUCUAACCCUAAGGGAGGUCCCUGCAGAAUGGGUGACCUGGGGAGGUGGCCUCUGCCCCUUAAAGGGUUUGGGGUUGGGUGACUUGGUGUGGGGGUGAGGAGAGGGCCUGGCCUGACCGCCCCUGACCGAGAAUCCCCCUGCCAGGUGUGAUGGUCGGCUCCCACACAGACAUGGCGCCUGCCUCCACUGCUGAGGGGGCUGGGGAGAAGCCCGGCCCCGCGGCCCCUGCCCCAGCGGCCCAGUAUGAAUGUGGGGAGUGUGGCAAGUCAUUCCGGUGGUCAUCUCGACUCCUGCAUCACCAGCGCACGCACACGGGCGAGCGGCCCUACAAGUGCCCAGAUUGCCCAAAGGCCUUCAAGGGUUCCUCGGCCUUGCUCUACCACCAGCGGGGCCACACAGGCGAGCGGCCCUACCAGUGCCCCGACUGCCCUAAGGCCUUCAAGCGCUCCUCCCUGCUGCAGAUCCACCGCAGCGUGCACACUGGCCUGCGGGCCUUCACCUGUGGCCAGUGCGGCCUGGCCUUCAAGUGGUCGUCGCACUACCAGUACCACCUGCGGCAGCACACAGGCGAGCGGCCCUACCCGUGCCCAGACUGCCCCAAGGCCUUCAAGAACUCGUCCAGCCUACGGCGCCACCGCCAUGUGCACACGGGCGAGCGGCCCUACACUUGUGGCGUGUGCGGCAAGAGCUUCACGCAAAGCACGAACUUGCGGCAGCAUCAGCGUGUACACACGGGCGAGCGCCCCUUCCGCUGCCCGCUCUGCCCCAAGACCUUCACCCACUCCUCCAACCUGCUGCUGCACCAGCGCACCCACGGCGCGGUCCCCGCCCAGGUUCCCGCCCCCUCCGCCCCUCCGCCGCCUCAGUGCGAGCCCUGCACUGGCGGCAAGGUCCUGGUCCCAGAUGCCUACCUGCAGCGGCAUCUCCAGCCGCACAGCCCGCCUGCGCCCCCAGCCCCACCGCCCCCACCUCCACCUCCUCCCGUGGUGCCCGAGCUCUUCUUGGCCGCUGCCGAGACUACCGUAGAGCUGGUGUAUCGCUGUGAUGGCUGCGAGCAGGGCUUCGGGAGCGAGGAGCUGCUGGUGGAGCACCAGCCAUGCCCCGGGUCAGAGGUGGCGCCGCUGCCCCAGGACGCACCCGCUGAGACGCCUAAGUCCGAUCCCCCGCCAUCCUCUCUGACCCAGCUCCCUCCUGCCACCGCCACUCCUGCCCCUGGUUUUGCUUGCCUCCCCUGCGGGAAGUCCUUCCGGACUGUGGCGGGCCUCUCCCGCCAUCAGCAUAGCCACGGGCCGGCAGGCGGGCAGGCGUUCCGCUGCGGCAGCUGCGAUGGCUCCUUCCCGCAGCUUGCCAGCCUCCUGGCGCACCAGCAGUGCCACGUGGAAGAGGCGGCAGCCGGGCGCCCACCCCCUCAGGCUGAGGUCGCCGAGGUCACCUGCCCCCAGGAGCCACUGGCACCGGCUGCCCCCGCGCCCCCACCGCCCCUGCCAGCCCCUGCUUCUACAGAGAGACCCUACAAAUGUGCCGAGUGCGGCAAGGCCUUCAAGGGCUCCUCCGGGCUGCGCUACCACCUGCGGGACCACACGGGCGAACGGCCUUACCAGUGCGGUGAGUGCGGCAAGGCCUUCAAGCGCUCCUCCUUGCUGGCCAUCCACCAGCGCGUGCACACUGGCCUGCGUGCCUUCACCUGCGGCCAGUGUGGCCUCACUUUCAAGUGGUCGUCGCACUACCAGUACCACCUGCGGCUGCACUCGGGCGAGCGGCCCUAUGCCUGUGGGGAGUGCGGCAAGGCCUUCCGCAACACAUCGUGCCUGCGGCGCCACCGCCAUGUGCACACAGGCGAGCGGCCCCAUGCCUGCGGCGUCUGUGGCAAGAGCUUCGCCCAGACCUCCAACCUGCGGCAGCACCAGCGCGUGCACACAGGCGAGCGCCCCUUCCGCUGCCCGCUCUGCCCCAAGACCUUCACCCAUUCCUCCAACCUGCUGCUGCACCAGCGCACCCACUCGGCUGAGCGUCCCUUUGCCUGCCCGAUCUGUGGUCGGGGCUUCGUUAUGGCCGCCUAUCUGCAGCGGCACCUGAGGACACACGCCCCGGCCAACACGCCCCCCAGCACCACAGCCCCCGCUCCAGGCCCCCAGCCCUCUGCUCCUCUGGCCGUUGCCCCGGCCCCUCCAGCCACCCAAGAUGUGCACGUUCUCCCCCACCUGCAGGCCACCCUCUCCUUGGAGGUGGCUGGGAGCAUAGCCCAGGCCCCAACCUUGGGCCCAGCAGCCUCCAACUCCCAGACGUUCCUCUUGGUGCAGACAGCCCAGGGCCUCCAGCUGAUCCCCAGCAGUGUCCAGCCCCCUGCCCCUCCACCCCCACCGGCACCUCCCAAACUUAUUCUGCUGCCUUCCUCCGGUGCCAGUGCCGGGGGUGGGGGCGGCCGUGCAAAGCAGGGGUCGCAGGCUGUGGGGAAAGCGGGUCAGGGGACAGGGGUCCUCUGGCUGCCAGGCCCUGGAGGGCUGGGGGUGCAGGGAGGGGGCAGCACAGGGGCCAGCGGGGGCGGGCAGAGCCUCAUUGUUCUGCAGAAUGUAGCGGGUGUGGAGGCAGGGCAGCAGGAAGUGAGUGGGGUUCAGCUCCAGGCCCUACGGCCAGCCCCCGAAGUGACCACGGUCCAGCUCCAGCCGGCGCAAGAAGUGACCACGGUCCAGCUUCAGCCGGCACAGGAAGUGACUGCGGUCCAGCUCCAGCCGACCCAGGAAGUGGCCGCGGUCCAGCUCCAGCCUGUCACGGGCCAGCUCUCCAAUUCCAGCGGGGGAACUGUGACUGCUGAGACCCCCAGCCUGCUGGUUGUUCAGAGUGGGGCAACUGAGGAGUUGCUCACCGGGCCCGGACCCGGGGCGGUGGGGGAUGGUGAGGCCAGCACUGGUGUGGUCCAGGAUGUCCUUUUUGAGACAGUGCAGACGGAUGAAGGUUUGCAGAGUGUGCUGGUGCUCAGCGGGGCUGAUGGGGAGCAGACCAGGCUCUGUGUGCAGGAGGUAGAAACUCUACCCUCGGGGCUCAGCGAGGCACCUGCCCCUGGCCCGCCAGGACAGAAACUCCUCAUCAUCCGCAGCAGCCCAGCCACCGAGCUGCUGGAGAACAGCGUGGGGGGAGGCGCCGCCACGCUGCAGCUUGUGACUCCAACACCACCCUGCCCAGCCUCUGUCCCUGCGGGACUCCCAGCUGCUCCCACCUCCCAGAUGGUACAAGUGGUCCCCGCUGGAGCUGGCCCUGGUGUCAUGACCCCGCAGGGUCUGCCCUCUAUCCAGAUUGUUCAGACUCUGCCUGCAGUCCAGCUGGUGCACACGUUUUGAGUAGAGUUGCUGUUAUCUUCCUGCCAGGCUCAGAGACCUCUGUCAGCCGUGGGGGUGAGGGGGGCUGCAGGCCGUGCUUGCUAAUAAACAUCCAGAAUCUCCA